AUGACUUCCCCAAACCAUACCUCACCACCUUCCACCCGUCCUCCUGCAAUCAACCCCACAGCCCCACCUCCCAUCCAUCUUCCCCGCUACUCCAUCCUCGUCGCCUUCAACACCCGUCUCCUCCCCUUCGCACUCUUCACCAUCUUCCUCAUCACCGGCACCGUAAUCCUCAUCUAUUCCGUCGUCGACAAACGCGUCAUCCCUUCAUCCUUCAUCGCGGGCACCUAUAUAACUAUUGCUGUUAUUAUUCUUAUAUGGUGUUUAUCACGUUUCAUACUUUUUCUUAGAGAUAAUUUCGGGGAGCUGGGAGUUGGAGUCGAUGAAGUGGAGACGGGGGUGCGGGGUGUUGAUAGGGUGUAUAUAGGAGGAUUGCGGGGGAGGGAGAGGGAGAAAUCUCGAGGUGAGGGAGAGGAGGUUGUAAAGCAUGGUCUAAGAAAUGAUCGAGAGGUUGUGAGACAAGAAUCGCAAGCUGCCGGGGAGGGGAGCGAAUUGAGGGAUUUUGGGAGUCAUGAUCGAGAUUCUCGGAUAGCUCAUUCGCGGCCUGUACUCCCAUCUUUUGAGCGUCUCUCGAACGCACCAGUCCAUCCUUUCAAACCCAAACCCCAGAAUCAACCAAAUGAUCUAGAUUCCCAUAAUCCGAUCAAACCACGCGCUACAUCUCCCCACCAAACUCCAAUCAGCAACCAAAGAACUCCCGUUCCCCCUCCCCCUCUCCAAGAGCCCCCAAACCAUCGAGCACCAACCCCGAAUUCCCUAAAUCCCACAAUCACUACCUCCCCCGACAAAUUACCAGUAAACCACUCCUCACUAUCCAAUCCCACCCAACCCAACUCCCACACAAAAGAAUCUCGAGACGUCACAUCUCAGACUCGCUUAACACCUCACAUCUUACCAUUAUCUCUACAGAUUAAUCCUGGGUCGAGGAAUUCUGUGAACUCUGUGAACUCUGUGAGCUCUGUAUCGAGGCCUCGAGAAGCGAAAGUGACGAGACCGCUUUUGCAGAGUUCGUGA